GCCGACAGCCCUUGUUGGGGCGGAAGUAAGUUUAAGGUGUGGGCGGAAGUCCCGCGUCGUGCUGCUUCCUCGCUGCGUCCCUCACCUCCUCGGUUGCUAGGAGCGGGGCGGCCUGUCUCGAGUCUCUCCGUGCAGGCAAAAAUGGCUACUGUGACCCGGAAGUAUUUCCUUGAGGGACAGACGUACUCUGUUCCCCUCAUCCAGCCUGACCUCCACAGAGAAGAAACUAUUCACCAGAUAGCAGAUGCACUUCAGUACCUGCAGAAAGUCUCAAACGAUAUCUUCAACAGGAUUUCCCAGCAAGUGGAGGCUAGCCGGAAACAGCUGCGGGCUAUUGAUGAGAGAGUCACUCUUGCUCAAGCCAAAAUCGAGAAGAUAAAGGGCAGCAAGAAAGCUAUCAAGGUGUUCUCCAGUUCCAAAUACCCUGCUCCCGAGCGGCUGCAAGAGUACUCCUCUAUUUUUGCCGGUGCUGAAGACCUGGAUGCACAGAAACGACCAAGGCGCAAGAUUCAGAGCAAGCACAGAGUAUUAGAUGAGAAAACUCUGCAGGAGAAACUGAAGUACUUCCCAGUUUGUGUCACUGCAAAAGUCCAUCAGGAAGACGAUGCAGAAGAAGGUCUCGGAAGCCUCCCUGGGAAUAUUAGUUCUCUGAGUUCUCUGCUGCUCUUCAAUACCACAGAGAACCUUUACAAGAAGUAUGUUUUCCUUGAUCCUCUGGCUGGAGCGGUAACCAAGACCCAUGUGGCUCUGGCAACAGAGACAGAAGAGAAGCUCUUUGAUGCCCCGCUCUCCAUCACCAAGAGAGGACAGCUGGAUCAGCAGGUGGCUGAAAAUUACUUUUAUGUGCCCGAUCUAGGGCAGGUGCCCGAGAUAGAUGUGCCUUCCUAUCUGCCUGACCUGCCUGGCAUUGCUGCUGACCUCAUGUACAGUGCUGACCUUGGGCCUGGCAUUGCGCCUUCUGCUCCUGGUCCCGUUGUACUGGAUCUCCCCACCUUCAGCACCGAGACUGCAGAGCCCUUCCGGCAAGAUCUUCAGGAGGGUGCACCCCCACCACCGCCUCCUCCCCCACCUCCACCCCCACCCCCAGCAAGUGCUCCACCUCCCCCACCCCCUCCUCAGGCCCCACCUCUGUCCAAGUCUCAAGGGAGCAAAGAAAGCAGUGCAGCAUCGUCAGCUGCUGUUCAGGGGGCACCAAAGGAGGUUGUGAACCCGUCGAGCGGCAGGGCCACUCUGCUAGAGUCCAUCCGCCAGGCUGGCGGCAUUGGGAAGGCCAACCUCCGCAGCGUCAAAGAGCGGAAGCUGGAAAAGAAGAAGCAGAAGGAGCAAGAACAAGUGAGAGCCACAGGGCAGGGUGGAGACCUCAUGUCAGAUCUCUUCAACAAACUGGUCCUCCGGCGCAAAGGCAUCUCCGGCAAAGGGCCUGCAGCUGGAGGAGACAGCAACACCCCCAACGUGCCAGCAGGCGCCUUCGGCCGCAUCUCUGAUACGAUCCCCCCUCUGCCACCGCCCCAGCAGCCAGCUGGCGAAGAGGAUGAAGAUGACUGGGAGUCCUAGAUCUGCUCCUGGGACUUUGUUGUGAGUUCACUUCCAUUCUGUUAACCUGGGACCGCUGCUGGGCUGAAGAAAGCGCUUCAGUAAGAGAGAAGCAACCUCUGGUCAGGGACACACUGGUCUCAUCGAGAGAUCGUAUGUUUGUCUUUCCCCUUUCCCCGUUCUGGCUUGUUUCUAACUCUUGCCAAGUAUGCUUAUUGAUGGACAGCUGCUGCUUCCGCCCAGCUGUGUGAACCAUCUCAAGUUGCCCUCUCUGCAGGACCUGCUGCUCAUGCUCAGAAGACCAAAGUCAGGUUAGUUUCUCUACUUCUGAGAAGACCUGCCCCUGCAAUGGGAUAGGAUGCAUGAAAGAGCAUCAUCAAGGCUGUUCUGAUCAGCAAAAAACCAUUUACCUCCUUGGUCUGAGGCCUGCAGGGGGGAGUGAUAUGGGCUUUGAAGGGUGCAUAAGGACUGGGAGAGGCUUUUUAUUUUCUCUCUCAGCCCACUUUUCUAUGUAGUCGGCUGUGCAAGGAAGCAGCACCCUGACCUGUCAAUGCAAUGGAGUACUGAUUUUUAAAAAGUCAAAUGCAAGUUAACUGCUGAUUUGUUUUCUGCUAUGUAUCUUCAGUGCAGAAUGUAAAAGACAGAAUUAUAAAUCUGAUACCCAGGAA